CAAAUAAAUGUGGAACGUAGAAGGAACUGAGAGAGAGAUAAAAUCAAGUUUUGACGUAACGUUUGUGAAACAGUAGUGAUGCGCUAAAAGAAAUAACCGGAAUUGAUCCUCGGAACAUUUAUGCUGGAAAUGGUUGAGGCCAGCCCACUUUCAUUCCUGAAGCAGGAGAUCGUGCACAUGUCCAUUAAGCAAGAAACUCCAGUUGAGGCCGACCCACUUGCAUUCCCAAAGCAAGAGAUCGAGUACAUACCUAUUAAGGAAGAAACUCCAGAGUGGGACAUGCCUGAUGACCACAAUAGUAUACGUGAUCCACUAAGCAUCAUUAAAGAGGAAUGUUCAUCUUCAGAAGAUUUUCUCAGCUCUAGAGCUCUCAGCAUUAAGGAGGAAGAGGACAGGAAAGACAAGGACACAAUGAGGGAGGAUGACUUUCAGGAGCUCAAACAUGAAGUGGAGCCAAGAAGUAGCAGCAGUGAACCAGAACGUGAAACACCGAAAUCUGGAGAAUGUCGUCUUUCACCGUUUACUGGAACUUUUGAGACAUUUCCUAAUCUCGCAUUUGUUAAUAUAAUUUUUCAUCACCAUGCUUGCACUGUUAUCACAAUAGUUUCUGACACAGUUUUCUCCACUUUCUGCAGUGCUAUCCAUGUUGGUGCAGAGGAUGACAAGACUAAUGAUGACAGUGUAGGUUUGAUUACCUGCAUUCCACUGGCUUCAGGAACAGGCGACAGGCUGCAGUGCAGCACCAAGCAGGAAGCAUCCUGUGGGAAUAAAAUUUGUGCUAGAUAUGUGGGGCACAGAUGUGGCAUCUGCAAAACGACAUUUGCACAGUUGGAACUGAAGGAGCACACGCACUUGAACAGACAUGAACUUACGCAAUCGUGUAGCAUGUGUCACAAAACUUUCACAAAGAGUUCCGAUUUGAAGAGGCACAUUAGAGUGCACAGCGGUGAACGCCCCUACAGCUGUAGCGUUUGCAAUCAGACAUUCGCUCGAAAUUCGGCACUGAAGCAGCAUUCACGAUUGCACACUGGUGAACGUCCAUACAGCUGUGGUGUUUGCAACAAGACAUUCGCACAUAAUCAUGCACUGAAGCAUCAUUUACUGUUGCACACUGGCGAACGUCCCUACAUCUGUGACAUUUGCAACAAAAGUUUCAUUGUCAAAAGUAAAUUGAGGGAUCAUUUGCGGGUGCACACUGGCGAACGCCCCUACAUCUGUGGCAUUUGCAACAAGACUUUCAUUGUCAAAAGAAAACUGAGGGAUCAUAUGCGGGUGCACACUGGCCAGCGCCCCUACAUCUGUGGCGUUUGCAACAAGACUUUCAUUGUCAAAAAUAAUCUGAUGGAUCAUUUGCGAGUGCACACUGGCGAACGCCCCUACACCUGUGGCGUUUGCAACAAGACAUUCGCUCGUAAUUCGGCAUUUUAUCAGCAUUUACGAUCGCACAGUAGUGAACGCCCACACAGGUGUGUCGUUUGCAACAAGACAUUCACUCGUAGCUCGACACUCAAGCAGCAUUCGCAGCUGCACACCAGUGAACGCCUAUAA